GAUGGCGGCGCCGCGCGCGGUGCUGCUGCUGAGCGGGAAGAGGAAGUCGGGGAAGGACUUCGUGGCCGAGGAGCUUCGGAGCCGGCUGGGCCCCGAUGUCUGCACCGUCCUGCGCCUCUCCGGGCCCCUCAAGGAGCAGUACGCCAAGGAGCAUGGCCUGGACUUCCAGCGGCUCCUGGACGCCAGCGCCUACAAGGAGAGGUACCGGCAGGACAUGAUCCGCUGGGGCGAGGAGAAGCGCUGCGCUGACCCUGGCUUCUUCUGCAGGACGGCAGUGGAGGGGGCAGCACAGCCCGUGUGGGUGGUGAGCGACACACGGCGCCUCUCGGAUGUGGAAUGGUUCCGGGACGUCUACGGGGACGCGGUGCAGACCGUGCGGGUGGUGGCCACCGAGGAGACGAGGAAGAGGAGGAACUGGGUCUUCGUCGCUGGUGAGCAAGGCAGCACCUCUUCCUGGAGCGCGGCACCAAAGCCGGGGCUGCGCUGGCACCGCGGUGGCCCCGCGGGCAUGACUCCGCUGCACCGCCACCGACCCCUCGGCUGGAGGUUUUAG